AUGCCAUACAAUUUUUUAAUGCUAUACCAGCAUAUAAAAAGAUUAGAAGAUGAAGGAACAAUCGAAUUGAUAAGACCAAAAAACCAAUCUGACGGACCUAAUAAUAGGAAGAGCAGACUACGGGGCAAUAAGUUAAUAAUCUUAUGCUCAUUGGAAGAUUAUAGAUGUGAAAAUAGUGUCGUUACGAUGUUAUUAAACGAG